UGGGGCACCCCAAAAUUUUCAAGGGACAAACAUGACUUUAUUUUUUCAAUGGGAAAACCUACAAGCAAGCCCAUGUUAUCUUGUUCUUUUCCUUCAUCUUGUUCUUUUUUUUCUUUUUUAGCAAAUCUCUUUCUUAUUUAAAAGAUGAAGCAAGCAAACAGAAUCCUCUCUUUUGAUCUUGGUUUCAUUCCUCAUCAAAUCACUUCUCCUCCCUUUAUAGAAAUCUUAGAUCUGCUUUUAACACAAGGUGGUGGUGGAAUCUCUUCACCAACUUUGGAUUAGAGACAUAUAAAUAGAAAGAGUUGAAGAAGAAGAACAAGAAGAAGAAGAAGAAAUUACAAGUUACUUGGCAAGGUGGAUCCAAUGCAAGGGAAGAGUUCUCCCCCUCUUGAUGAGGUGAAAAAAGAAGCUUUCAACUUUCCUAUUCCUCUCACACCAUCUCAAAAUCCAAAAGAACAAGCUUCAUCAUCAACCUUUUCAAACUUUCUUAUGACUACCAACCAUCAAAACACCACCUUCUUCCCCACUCCACAUGGUCAAAUAACCACUUCUAAAUUUAUCAAUACCCAAGAUCCAUCUCAAGCUACAAAUCAAGGUAAUGCUGAUCUUAGGAAAAGGCACUAUAGAGGAGUUAGGCAAAGACCUUGGGGAAAAUGGGCAGCUGAGAUAAGAGACCCUAAGAAAGCAGCGAGAGUGUGGCUUGGCACCUUUGACACAGCAGAAGCUGCAGCAAUGGCCUAUGAUGUUGCUGCAUUGAAGUUCAAAGGAAACAAAGCCAAGCUCAAUUUUCCUGAGCGUGUUGCUGUGCCACCACCAUCACCGGAAACCACCACCACCAUUUCUUCAGCUUCUGCACAACCCUCUUCCCUCACGUCACCACCACCACAUGUUGGUGGCGAUCAUCAAAGUCUAGAAACAUCAGAAGAAGCAGAAGGGUUUCCAAGUCUGAUGGAGUAUGCACGGUUGCUGAAAUGUAGGGAUGAUGAUGAUUUCCAACGUGUUGCAUUGGGGCUUUACCAGCACCAUCCCAAUGAGGAUGUUAUCUACGGUUCAUCUCAGCCACCACCUGCGCCAUUUUUUCUGUCUUCUUCAUCUUCUUCUACAUUUGCAUCUUCAACUUCUCAGGGUGAUUAUGGUUCUUCUGGAUUCUUUAGUCAAGGAGGGAGUGGUUUUGAUGAAGGGAACAAGAGAGGAUCAUAGUGUUUCUUUUCUCUGAAUUCUGAACACUGCAUGAAUGUGGGAAUUGGAGGGUAGUGCCACAAUUAAGGAAGUUCAAAUCACACAUCUCUUAUUUGUUUUCUUUUUAAUUCAAAUUAAAAAAUAAUGCAUGAGGUCAAAAGUUAAUAAUACCACUUUUUUUUU